UGAUACUCCCACUUAGCACGAGCUUCGUUUUGAAUCAUGUCUCUACCUAAUUAAGCCACUUGAAGACUUGGAGUCUGAGCCAAUCCCAGACCCUAUAAAAACGCAGCACCCAGCACCCAACUCUUCCCUCCUCCUCCCUCCCCAGCUCCCACUCUGCUCUCAUCUCAUCCUCUUCCACAGAGAACCGACGAGGAAAAUGCCGCGCCACCUGCUGCAGCAGUCCGUCGACCGCCUCGCCGCGCUGGCCGCGCCUCCGGCGGCCGCCAUGGCUGGCGGCGGGACGAGCGUGCACACGGACACGCUGCUCAUCCUGGCGUCGGUACUCUGCUUCCUGCUCUGCGUGGUCGGGCUGGCCAUGGUGGCCCGCUGCUCCCGGCUGUGCAACCCCUCCGCCUUCUCCGUCGACGCGCCGGGGGCAGCCGCGGCGCCGUGCAAGGGGAUCAAGAAGAAGGCGCUGCAGUCGCUGCCCACCGUGUCGUGGCGGCCGGAGCAGAGGAAGGAGGUGGACGAGGAGGAGGGGGAGCGGCCGGAGUGCGCCAUCUGCCUGGCGGAGUUUGCGCCCGGCGACGAGGUGCGCGUGCUCCCGACCUGCGGCCACGGCUUCCACGCCGCCUGCGUCGACGUGUGGCUACUGUCCAACUCCACCUGCCCCUCCUGCCGCCGCGCCCUUGUCGUCGCGGCAGCCCAAUCGCCAGCGGCCACCGAGUCCCCCCCACCUCAAACCUGCUGCGAGCGCGCCGUGGCCGUCGCGGCUGCGCAGGCCUCGGUCGCGGGCCGCUGUCGUUCGUCGGCGCAGUAGCCGGUCCACCUCUGCCCUUUGUUAGUACCAUAUAUGGUAUGCUCGCAACGUACAUAUACGGCAUACGCAUGUAUAAAUACGAAGGUCGCUCACGUACGUACAUACGUACAAAAUGCAACGUGUACAGCGUGCGAUGAUGCAUGACUUGGUUACCGUGUGUAACGUUUUCGUCCAUGUGUAAAUACUUGUACAUCACCUUCAGUUAACUAACUAUGAGGGGUUUUACGGUCUCUAA